CUUUCCUGCGCUGCCCUCCUCCUGUCACGAUGUGGCUGUAUGUCUGGUGCCAGUGGUGUGGUCUCAGUGGGACGCUGUUCUUCAUUUUUGCUGUUUUUCUGCUGAUAUGUUUGGGAAAGAAGAGAGAUCCUCCUCAUUUCCCACCAGGACCACCAGCCCUUCCUAUUUUGGGGAACAUCUUCAGCAUCGAUUCUAAGCAGCCUCAUAUUUACCUGACCAAGCUCGCUGAUGUUUAUGGGAAUGUGUUCUGCAUUCGUCUGGGAAGACACAAAACUGUUUUUGUGACUGGCUGGAAGAUGGUGAAGGAGGCGCUGGUGACACAGGCCGACAAUUUCGUGGACAGGCCUUACAGCCCAAUGGUGACCAGGAUUUAUGGAGGAAACUCAGCGGGUCUUUUCUUCAGCAACGGCUCGGUGUGGAAGAGACAGCGGCGCUUCGCCAUGACCGUGCUUCGCACUUUCGGUCUUGCCAAAAGCUCCACAGAGCAGAGCAUCUGUGAGGAAAGCCAACAUCUGCAGGAAGCAAUGGAGAAGGAAGAAGGAGAACCCUUUGACCCGGUCCCACUCUUGAACAAAGCUGUCUCCAACAUCAUCUGCCAGAUCGUGUUUGGGAGGCGGUUUGACUACAGCGACACAGACUUCCAGGGAAUGCUGACUAAUCUAACAGACAUGGCCUAUCUAGAAGGCUCAGUUUGGGCUCUGCUAUAUGAUGCCUUCCCUGCACUCAUGAAACAUCUGCCCGGGCCUCACAACAGCAUCUUCAGCAGCUCCAAAUCUUUGGAGACAAUGAUCAGGAGAGAGAUCGACAGGCACAAGCAGGACCUGGACCCCAGCAACCCACGAGAUUACAUCGACAAGUUCCUCAUGGAGGAGAGACACAACAGAAGGAACAACACAGGCUUUGAGGAGGAAAACCUGGUUCUGUGCUGUCUGGAUCUGUUCCUGGCUGGCAGUGAAACCACCUCUAAGACUCUGCAGUGGGGGCUCAUUUACCUCAUCGCAAACCCUCACAUCCAAGAUAAAGUACAGGCAGAGGUGGACAGAGUGGUGGGACAGACCCGUCUGCCCACCAUGGCAGACAGAACCGCCAUGCCGUACACGGAGGCGGUUAUCCACGAGAUCCAGAGGAUGGGGAACAUCGUUCCUCUCAACGGACUCAGGAUGGCGGCGAAGGACACAACGCUGGGUGGUUACGUCAUCCCAAAGGGCACAGCCGUGAUGCCGAACCUCACCUCCGUGCUGUUCGACCAGACGGAGUGGGAAACUCCAGACACCUUCAACCCCGAACACUUCCUUGAUGCGGAUGGAAAGUUCCUGAGGAAGGAAGCGUUUCUGCCCUUCUCUGCAGGAAAGCGUGCGUGUCUUGGCGAGAGUCUGGCUAGGAUGGAGCUCUUCUUGUUCUUUGUCACUUUACUUCAGAGGUUUCACUUCUCUGCGGCAGCAGGAGUCGAGCUUCGUACAGAAGGAAUAGUUGGAGCUACUAGAACUCCACAUCCUUUCAAGAUCAUCGCAAACCCUCGUUAAGAAGCCGAAUCAAAAACCAUUUAAGCAAUUAAGCUUGGUUUAAUCAUAAAGCUGAAUUUAGUGUAAAAAGGAUGCCUGGACGACAAACAAUGAGAAAAGUCUAAAUGUUCAAGUGUUAUAAAUAAUCUGUACAGAUUUAAUACACCAAAUUCUGUGUUUCAAUGAUAGUCAAUUUUGGCUAAUAUUUUUAGAUACUGUGAAUACUUUAAAUUCAGUUAUGCGAGUCAUCAUGUGAGUUAAGAUACUGCUUACAAAAAUUAAAGGAACACUUUUUUUAUUGGGUCUGGCAUGAAUCUAAUGAAAACUGUCUGAUAAUUUUCUUGUUGGUUAAGCAGCUGAGGGCCUCGUUCAUCAAUUUCAGCUGUAUUGGUGUUCAUGGAAUUAACAACAGGUGCA